GACCCCAACAAGAACUCAUCGAUCCAUACACAUUAAUGUAAUAUAUAUAUAUAGAUCUAGGUUUGGGUAUGGGUGUAAGCUGGUGGAGAGUGUUUGUUGCGGUGGCGGCGUUCUUGGCAGCCGCCGCCGUAUUGGUGGUGGCAGGAAAGGACAACGGGAACGGGUUCUGCGGGAUGAGCCAAGAGCAGCUGUACGAGUGCAAGGCGGCGGUGGCGACGGGCAGUGCAGUUCCGCCGCCGAGUAGCACGUGCUGCGAGGCGCUGGCGAUGGCGAACGUCACGUGCUUCUGUGACUUCAAGAACAACAUCUACUUGCCUUUGCUGGGGAUUAAUGCUACCAGAGCCAUGCAGCUGCCCUCCAUUUGUGACCCCAAAAAAACUGCUACCUGCAACUAAAUUUAAGUAAUUAUUAAUUUAUAAGCUUGUCUGUCUAUGUGCGCCUUUUUUUUAAUUUAGAUGUGAGGAUUCGUAGUCGUUACCUUCAAAUAAAUUUUCUGUUUAUUAAUUAUCGGUUGAGGAUGAGAUAUGUAUGCAUGUAUACGACUGAUGUUUUUGAAGAACUAUUAUGGACGGAUGAGAUCCUCAGUACUA